AUGUAUAACCGCGACUCAAGGAUAAUGCGCAAGCUCCUCGGCAAGGCUGCGACCGAGACCCCCGCAGGCGAUUCAGCCAACCUUUCGAUAACAAGCGCGCCCGCUUCUACAAUCUCAGCCUCGUUUCGACCGCCGAAGUCGCAAGAUGCCGUGUAUAGAGCUGGUGUUCCGAUACUGGCCCUCGAUGUUUCGCCCGAUCGAAGAGCCGCCGUGCUGGCAGGUGGACAUAUUCUGAAGACAGUGGUCCUCGAUGAUCCUCACAACUUCAACUUCAACUUUCGCGAGGGUGUGGACUUGAGAGCUGCGAUUACUGCUCAGCCUGCUGGGGUGAAGGGUAACCAGGCGGCGGAUCAGCUCAGCAUUCGCGAUGUUAAAUGGCACGGUGGUUCAACAAUCUUCACAGCUUGCGCGAAUGGCAAGAUCUUCGCAUACGAUGUCGCACGAGUCGGAUCUGGCGCGGCCGAGCCAUUGGAAUACAUGCAGAUGCAGGAAGAUUCGCGUCAGGUUAACACCCUCGAUGUCAAUCCACAUCUCAAGAGCUGGCUUCUUUCAGGCAGCCAAGAUGGCAUGGCACGUGUUUUCGAUACUGCAGCACCUCUCCAAGGACGAUCGGGCGGCAUCACCUUUCGGCAACGAUUCGCGCCCCUGAAAUGCAUCGACUCGGUUCGUCAAGUUAAAUGGUCUCCAAAGGUCGGACACGAGAUGGCAUGCUGUACCGAGGGUGGAGUUGUGCUCAAAUGGGAUGUACGGCAACCAUCAAGACCUUUGCUGCGGAUCAAUGCACACGAAAAAGCGUGCGCCUCUAUCGCAUGGCAUCCGGACGGGAAUCACCUCAUUAGUGCCGGCCGAGAUACAAAACUCCAUGUGUGGGAUCUUUCGAGCUCAGCCGAUAAACGACAGAAGCCGAAAUGGUCUGUCACAACACCUGCGCCUAUCUGGACUAUCGCAUGGCGACCAGGCCUGUGGUCUGCUACGGCGCAAAGCAAACGCGUAGCUCAAAUAGCAGUGUCCUACGAUGAUAGCAGCUCUCGUCGAUAUGGUACUUCGGCAGUACACAUCUGGGACCUGGCUCGGCCAACCAUGCCAUACAAAGAAAUCGAGAGAUUCGACGCUUCACCGGCUACUCUGCUCUGGCAAGACCAGGACAUGCUUUGGACAGUUGGUCAGGACGGACUGUUUGCGCAAAACGAUGUCGCAUAUGCGCCCAAGGUCAUUGAUCGCCAGUCCACCUCAUCUAUGGCAUUUUCACCGAAAGGCGAUGUUAUGAUGUUCCUUGACGAGCGAUCACAUCAAAGCAGUCGACCUCGUCCUCCAGUCACACACCACGCAGAGAUAGUGCCUCGUGGCCCCUAUGGAUCGAGCCCCAAUGCCCCCAUGCUGAGCAUCAGCCGCAGCGACUCGGAGGAGGAUGUCAUUGGCAGUUUUCUUGGUCCCAGACGACGGAUGAGUCGAAGGAAAGCAGGUCGAUCCACCAAUUUGAGCACGACGCCACCUUCUGGAUCUGGCCUCGAUGAUAACAAGGCAUUCCUGGCGCUUGACCAAGCUAUCAAUGUCACAGGUGUCUUCAAGACUCAGCAAACGAUGGCUUUCGGUCGACUGCCUGCUGUAAAAACAACACAAAUCUACCAAUAUCUCUCAGGAUUAUACCUCGAGACGCUCCACCAGGAGCUCCCAUACGUUAAAGACGGCAAGCCGCUCAAUGAACGAGUCGCUGUUAUUCUAGAACAUUACGCUCGCGCAGCCGAAAGCGUUUCGUACUUCCGAUUAGCACAGACUUGGCGCGUUCUCGCCUACACUGUCGGUCUACUCCUCGAUCGUCGCGCUCAAUACCACCUCGACCUCCGUCUCGGACGCUUCCAGAAGGUGAAGAUAGAAGAGAGAAAGGGAAGUGGAAUGCUGAAGCCCGUUGACUUUUAUACUGCUAGUCGAACCCCCGGCGACGAAACGCCCCGACGUCCUUCUGGAAAGUCAGGGCUCGGCAGCCGCUCUUUGAGCACUCGAUCACUCCUUGCGAUGGGCUUCGAGAGCACAUCGAACGUCCCAACUCCGCUCGCGCGACCGGCUGACGCUCUAGAUAAUUCGAAAGAGCAUGCACAACAGGUCGGCAAGAGACUUGCAGCCGUCACGGAGCCUGAUGAACUUCGUCUUGGGCCUGGCAUAAAUGACAGGUUCGAAGACACCCCCCGAAAGCGGCUCGACUCGGUUCCCAUCUCUGAUGUCAGCCAUGAAAGCGAGAGCUCACAGAUAUCUAGCACUGAAGGAUACGACUUUUACGACGCCGAGGUCCUGCUCAAGGCCCUCGAUGUUCCACCCCCCAAGAAGAAGGAGCCUCUUUCGCUGGACUCCACGAUUCCAGAGGUACAGAGGGUGACGCGCCAUGAUUCGGACGAGAGCUUUGCUCAGAUGUUUUCGACGUCUGAUGCGGCCAAGAAACCCUCGGCUUCGACACCAAGAGGCACCGGACCAUGGCGAUCGAGCCUCGCGAGACACGCCUCGGACAUGGAGAAGGAUAACGAGUACCCGAGUCACAUUCGUGGCGAAGAGGUUCAUGCAGACACGCCGACGGACUCACCUAAGUCACGCCCACAUAGUAAGAAGCCGCCGACAGACUCCCCAGAGGAUCUUUUCUUAAUAUCUCAAACCACAAUGGGAACCGAUGAUUCGUUCCCGUCGCAAACAUCAGAGCCCCUACAACCUGAACCGUCCCCCCCCAAGAUUGUCGCCGAGUCACUUCCAGCGAAGGAAGACUCCCCGCAGCCACAAGUACUUGUUUCAGCAAGCCAUCCCAACCGAUCCAGCAGCCCUGCCAAGGACCUAUUUCCUGCGCAAAAAGAUCUACGGCCUCAUAUUGUUGAGACAGACUUUCUCCCAUGGGACGAUGAUCCUUUAUAUCCCUUCCCGACCACUGUAUCUGGUGAGAGCCCGAUUGUCUCACCGCUUGAUCCAUACACUUCCAUCACAGAGGCUUUGCACUACGAGUCGCGAACUUCUGCUGUUAAUGCUUCGGCCAUCGUUCUCCUUCUCAAGCCUUUAGUACCCGACUUCGUGAUCGACUAUCACCAGGCUAACGCAGUCCUGCGACAGCACCAUUCGAGACUGAUGCAAAUGGGGCUCUUCAUUGAGGCGUCGCUUCUACGAAACUUGUGCAUCAAAGGAUGGCCAGAAGGGUUGCCCCAGUGGGGCGAGAACUACGCAGCAAUCUUCACACCAGCGCAGCAGAACGGAAAGGUUAGCUUCCUUUGCUCUGCGUGCAAGAAGCCUAGGGAGCUUGAUCCCAAAGAUGGGCCCGAAGCUAUCUGGACUUGUGAGCGCUGUCGCACUACCAUGGCACCUUGCGCUGUUUGCGGCCAUAGAGAGCCAACGCAUGCAGAAUUCGCGCCCGUGGAGCUACCAACCGCCUUGGGCUCCCCAGAUGCCUGGCUCUCCCAAUGGUGGUAUUGUCCUGGCUGUGCACACGGCGGUCAUGCUUCCUGUCUCACAGCAUGGCACGCUGUUCUCGAUCAGCCAGACUCUAGCGGCUCAACUACCUUUAGCGAUGGCUGCUGUCCCCUCGAUGGGUGUGGACACGCAUGCCUCCCGGGUCGAUAUCGCGGCGAAACCAGCACGGCACGAUCUGAUGAGAUUGGUCGCGCGACUGUCGAGAAGACGAGGGCACGAGAUGAGCGUGGAGCAAGCAGCAGUAGACGAUCAAGCCCUCGUGCAGGUAUAGAUCGAUCUGUCAAGAGUGAUGGCAAUGACAUACCGCAGAGCAGGGCGGUAGGUAUGGCGAGGGAUGCGCUAAACAAGGGCAGUGGAGGGAUCCUCAGCUCGAGCCCUGGAAGGGCUGUUGUGACGGGUGAGAGGGAGAGGAGGAAGAGUGUCAAGUUUGCGAGCACUGAUUGA